AUGGCUCCUUCAAUUCUCUUGUUUCUUUUCUCUUUAGUGCACCUUUCCAACGUUUUCUUGACAUGCAAUGCUUCGAAUUUCUCCUCGAUUCUCAUCUUCGGUGAUUCUUUACUAGACACAGGAAAUAACAACUACAUUCCUUCUUUCUUCAGAGCAAAUCAUAAACCAUACGGUGUAUCAUUUCCUGGUGGCACUCCCACAGGGAGAUUCUCUGAUGGCAAACUCAUGUCGGAUUUUCUGGCUGAAGCAUUAGGCCUAAAAGAGACCGUUCCUCCUUUCCUGGCCCCGGACUUGCCCGAGUCUCAGCUCCUUACAGGUGUUUGUUUCGCGUCUGCUGGGGCAGGGUACGAUGAUACCACCAGUUUGACACAGGUUAUUCCAGUGACACAACAGUACCAACAUUAUUUCAAGGCGUACAAGGAGAGGCUUAUUAGACUCGUGGGAAAACCUCGGGCUGCAGAGAUUCUUGCCAAGUCUCUGGUGUUUUCGACUUCAGGAAGUAAUGACAUGGUCCUUAAUUAUUACGCGAAUCCAUUGACAAUUCACGGAUCCACGGACCAAUACCAGGACUUCCUGAUAGGUAACAUCGAAAAAUUUAUCAAGGCAUUAUAUGCAGAAGGAUGCCGGAAGAUGGCUAUAGCGGGACUUCCUCCCGUCUGUAAUCCCCUGCAGAUUGCAGGGCUGCUCGGAUGCUUGAGUCUCGAAAAUUCAGACCCCAAUGUGUAUAACAGAAAGCUCCAGGCAAUGUUAAAGCAAUUACAAUCCUCUCUGCCUGGAAGCAGACUUGUUUAUGCUGAUAUUUUCACCCCCAUGAAGGAAUUAGCCCUCAAUCCAUUCUUCCAUGGUAUUUUGUUACCAUUUGGAACUUGCUGCGGAGAUGGGAUUCUAGCAAUGGGGCCAGCCUGCAAUUCCUUAGUGCCAAGGUGUUCGAAUCCAUCGAAUCAUUUUUUCUGGGAUGCAGUUCAUCCUACUGAGACCGUGUAUCGCUACAUGUCUGAUUAUCUUAUCCGCAAUGUUCUUCCGCAAUUUCAUUAA